CAAAAAAAAUAUUAUUCAUAUUAAAAAGUCGAAGAAAAAAAUACGUGUGGAUCAUAAAAUACUCCACAUUUAUAGGGCAGAGGACUGGCUGAAUAAGGAUAAGGUUGGAGAUUGACUUGCAGAUCGAGAACCACACAAUUCUCUCGCAUACGUCGGGCUCAGCCACUGAACCCAAUCAAAGAAUGGUGGCGAUUUCAUCUCUCUCGCAGUUCCCUUGCAGACCCAUCGCCGGGAUUCGCCAGCCUCAGCUUUACACCCCAAACGCAGCCGUCUUUCCGUCGAAAUCGACGGGGUUUCACUCGAUGGUGGCUCCGGCUAUGUCGUCUCCGAACAGGGGAUUCGUGAGUCCGAAGGGUAAAGUCUUCUCCCGGGCAUUUGGAGAAGACGCGUUCGGGGAUGAGGAGGAGACUCCGGGUGGCGUGGCGGUGGCGGUGGCGGAAGACUAGCCGGAGCGGGCGGAAACAGAGACGAACAGGCAAUAACUUCAGAUCAGCUUCCCAGUUAAUAGUGUCUUUUGGAGAUGCAGGCAGAUUUAUAUCCUGGAGAUGGUGGAUAAAACAUGAAAAUAUUGUUUUGACAAGAGAUGUAGCUACAAACACCUAGAGCGUUUGAUGUUUGGAGAGCUCUUCAAGUAGAAACAGGAGCUGAAUAUCUUUUACUAAUAUACAAAGGUAGGGGGAAAUAUGAAGAGUGCGCUUUCCCGCACAACUUUAUUGGAUACGGUUUUUGAUAUGGUAAGAAGAAAUCAGUGUCGAGCUACACUCCCGCACAGUGCCGAGCUAUAGUGCCGCGUGCGCAAUGAUUUCCCUCCCUCUUCUCCAUUUCACACUCCAACCCCUCUCUAUUUCUACACCUAAUCCCUUCAACUACUACACCUCCCAAUUCUACUACAAAUAAUCAAAUCUUUUCUUUCUUUUUACACAAAAUAUAUAAUCUCUUCAACUACAUCUCAUAUUCUUUCUCUUCUUUUCUCACUAAAUAUUCAAAAUUUAUCUAUUCUUCCAUAAUCAUCCAAGAAGUUGAGUUUCGAAACGAAUUAAUUCCAGAAAACAUG